GCGACGUCGCUGGGCAGCGGAGCGGCGGCCGCGCCAUGUGGCUGCUGGGGCCGCUGUGCCUGCUGCUGAGCAGCACCGCGGAGAGCCAGCUGCUCCCUGGGAACAACUUCACCAACGAGUGCAACAUCCCAGGUAACUUCAUGUGCAGCAACGGGCGGUGCAUUCCGGGUGCCUGGCAGUGUGACGGGCUGCCUGACUGCUUCGACAAGAGUGACGAGAAGGAAUGCCCCAAAGCGAAGUCGAAAUGCGGCCCGACCUUCUUCCCGUGUGCCAGCGGCAUCCACUGCAUCAUCGGCCGCUUCCGCUGCAACGGCUUUGAGGACUGUCCUGAUGGCAGUGACGAGGAGAACUGCACAGCAAACCCCCUGCUCUGCUCCACCGCCCGCUACCACUGCAGGAAUGGUCUGUGCAUCGACAAGAGCUUCAUCUGUGAUGGACAGAACAACUGUCAAGACAACAGCGACGAGGAGAGCUGCGAGAGUUCUCUGGAACCAGGCAGUGGGCAGGUGUUCGUGACAUCAGAAAACCAGCUUGUGUACUACCCCAGUAUCACAUACGCCAUCAUCGGCAGCUCCGUCAUCUUCGUCCUGGUGGUGGCUCUGUUGGCCCUGGUCCUGCAUCAUCAGCGAAAACGGAACAACCUCAUGACUCUGCCUGUACACCGGCUGCAGCAUCCUGUUCUGCUCUCUCGGCUGGUGGUUCUAGACCACCCCCACCACUGUAACGUCACCUACAACGUCAAUAAUGGUGUCCAGUAUGUGGCUAGCCAGGCCGAACAAAAUGCCUCAGAAGUAGGCUCUCCACCGUCCUAUUCAGAGGCCCUGUUGGACCAAAGACCUGCGUGGUAUGACCUUCCUCCACCGCCCUAUUCCUCUGACACCGAGUCUCUGAACCAAGCUGACCUGCCACCUUAUCGCUCGCGGUCAGGAAGUGCCUACAGCGCCAGCUCCCAGGCAGCCAGCAGCCUCAUGAGUGUGGAAGACAGCAGCCACAGCCCAGAGCAGCCCGGCCCUCCAGAGGGCACGGCCGAGCCCAGAGACUCUGUGCCCAACGAGGGCACUGAAGAAGUAUAAAACUAAAGCGAUUCCAAAGUCCAUGUGGGUAGAUCUGCUCCACCUUGUUGAAUUCUAACAGCCCGUGCUCAGAGAUGCUCUUUGAGCUCCUUUUGAGGAUGUCUCAAGUUGAAGUUUGGGGUGCUGAUAUCACCAUCUCCUCCUCCAGAUUUCAGGGGUGUUCUUUGGGAUGACCUGGCAUUCCUCUGCCUUCUUAGUUGACAUGAUGCAUUGUCAUCUUCUCUGUGAGGUCACUGUUCUUCAGGGCCUGCGAUAACAACCUCAUGCUUCAGAUGACUGUGCUACUGUUGCUUCAUCCAGGAGGCUUAUGACUGGGCAGGCAGCAGGUUGAAGCUGUAUAUAAGGAGUCUUAGGCAGGGUUCUGGGCCCACGUUGCUCAUUCAGGUCAGAAGACAGAAGACCAGGUGUCUUCUGGGCUGCCACUUUAUAGCUUACAUUUGGAGACAUGGGUUGGAGGAUUCUUCCAGAAGGCCACUCCAUCAAACCUACCUUGUACUGUCCUAUGCAUUGUUCUUACUUCAGCAGAGGCCAAAGAAAAGAUCUGACAUGAACAGCUGCUUUUGGCUCUCAGCACCCUCGUUUGGUUUUGAGAGACUCAGAAACAUCCUACCUGGCCUUAGAAUUGCGAGCUUUCCCAAGCAGCACAGAUCCUCAGCACCAUCCUUGAACAAGUAGGGAACCCUGCCAUUAUUGGAAACCCUCAACUCCUAAUGUGUAGGUGACCAGAGCCCAGGCCUGCCUUGACCUCGUGGUCCUUGUCCUGGCUUCUGGGUUGUCCCCAUCCAAGAUGAUCUGGCACAGCUAAGGAUAAAGACCCAAAUUAAGUUGGCCAAAAUUGUGAUUGAACCCUUUGCCCCAGAGAAACAGCGCCAGUGUGACGUGGUCAUACGUGCAGCUUCAUGGAGAGUAAAGCUCUCCUCAUCAGGUGCCUAAGUUCCAGAACACCUAACACCUGGGAGUCUGUGCCCAUUUGCAUGUGGACAUGGGGACUUGGGGACACUCAUUCUAGCAUGAGAGCCACAUUCAGUGCCACCUGUGAGGACUCUCGGGUCACUGUCCUGCCCACCGACCCCAGGAACAGUGCGCCACGUCAGGGUCAGACCCAGCCAAACAUCCGGGCACUUUCUCCUCUAAGAGAAAUGGGCAAUAGAUAACUUGGAGUCAAGAUUUCCCGUUGGAUUUUUUUUUUUAAGUCUCUUAGAAAUGCAUUUGAAACAGUGUGUUUGUUUUUUCCCUUCUAGUUAAGGGACUAUUUAUGUGUGUGUAGGAAAGCUGUCUCUUUGUUUGAUUUUGGCUUUGUUUCUCUUUCGGUGAGGUCCAAAGAAAGAUGCAAAAGGAAAUGCUGCCUUUCCCCAGCCCCAUCCCAUAAUGUCACCUCAGACUCACUCACAUGCCCAGCACUUACACUGGGGCAUCUUGGAGUCAUUAUUUAUCGAGUUCUUGAAAAAUGUAGAGAGACAAGUCCCUAUCCAUUGUUUGUAUGUUUCAACUACCCUUCCUCUUUCCUGAUGCCUAGCCAGCCCUAGUGCGUGGCACCAUCCCCCACACACCCCCACCAGGCAAUAAUGAGUAAGCCAUACUAACCAGGGACAAAACUGGAACCAGGCGGCUGCCACCCAUUCAAAGCAUUUUUUCGCAGCUGACGAAAUUUUCAAUAACCUGUUCGAUGGUAAUUAAAACGGAGCCUGCAGGAAGCAGGGAUGAAGUGGCCUUCGAUGAUGCUGUUCCGUUGACUUUCCUUUUCAAGUAAAUCCAAACUAGGCUGCUGGAAAGCUAGCCACUUGGGGUUUUGUUUGUUUGUUUGUUAUGCUUAAAGAAGCCUAGUUGCUUCUGUCUUUCAUUUUUAAAAUAGCGAUUGGAUGUGUGUGUGUGUGUGUGUGUGUGUGUGUGAGAGAGAGAGAGAGAGAGAGAGAGAGAGAGAGAGAGAGAGACCCGAUGAAGAAAGAACUUGGGUGGGAGACGGAGCCUUUCUGGCUGUGCAUCCUGCCCCAAUGAGUCAGCGUUGCUUCCUCCUCCCUUUGAUGGGUCCCUGCUUCUUUUUGGUGCUCUGAAAGUUGUCUGGAAGAAAGGAUUCUAAUUUUAAUUAAUUGUGCAGUGAGCUAAUCUCAUGGGCUUUCUGCUUCAAGGCAUUUUAGGAAAAACAAAUGGUUUUAGUAGAUAAGGGAAGCCUGUUAAUGGUUUUUUUGUUUUGUUUUUCCAAAAAAACACAGGAACAUUUUUACUAUAGAUUUGGUUUUUAAUGGGUUUUUAAAAAAAUAAUAAAUAGUAAUAAUAAACAAGAUAGCAGAUCUCUGGGACUUGAGGUUUUAUCCCCCCCCCCUUUUUUUCUCAAGAUAAGUAAGUGGUUAGCAAUAUUUUUUAAAUUCAUUCCAGCCGUGAUUUUUUUAAGUACUAUAUUGCCUAAUUCUACACCAGCCAGGGAAAUGGUCUCCACCGUGUCCUGUCCAGUGAGAUCAGCGCUUUAUUUUGACACUACACUAGACUCACUGUGAUUGGAAACUCUGCCUGACUUAACUGCCUCUUCCUUGGAAUUGACAAUGUUUUUGAAAUGCAACUAAGUUGUUAAUAAAUAGUGUGUGAUAUUCAAAAUUAAUGUAAACUGGAAGGUUUUAUGUGGUUGCUUUUUUUGGUUGUUUUUUUAAUUUUUAUA